AUGGGAAAAUGCAAUGGUGAAAGUAAUGGGCUGCCAAGUGCUAAUUCUUUUCUUCAUAUGGGAAUCUCGACCAAGACAACUCCCGGCCAGGAUGAGGAAAUCGAUGAGCUUCCAUUUGGCAUGCAAUCGUACAUAAGCAGCGUCACGUUCCACUCCAGGCAGCCACGUCAGGCUUUCGUUUGCCAUAUGGACCCGAGUGUCUUCACCUCACCUGCAUCGAACCGGUUGUCGUUGUCGUUAGAACCGGCACGCGUCAUGUCGAUCAAAUUUUUUCACUUUGCCGUUUUUGAGCUCCACGCGAUAGGCUACUCCCGAGCAUCCCUUACCGAUCGCGUUGCCUUCCACAAGGGAUUUCAGCACUUUCUUGACCGAGAGAAUUUGAGCUUCGAGCUCAACUUGAGCCUUGAGGCGUUGGGCCGACCUUUCGUGUGGGUCGUGAGGAGCAGCGUGUCGGACGAGGAGCUCGAGCUUGUGUCGUGGACUCGUGAUCCACAGGUGGCUCCCGCGCAGGUGAUCGUACUCUCCUACCCGAGCGUUGGGGGGUUCGUGAUGAACUACGAGUGGAAUUAA